UGUGUUCCCACAGAACCGGAAUCCGCCGGGGGGACCGGGCGGGGGACAGAGGCCACCGCUUCACUCCCCCCUCCGCCCACCGGCCACCGCAUCCAACCGCCGGUCAUGGCCCAGGCUCCGGCGCGCGCCGCCUCCGCCGUGCGGCUCUUCGACGCGCACUGCCACCUCCAGGACCCCCGCGUCGCGCCUGUCGCGCCCGCCCUCAUACGCGCCGCCGCCGCAUCCGGCGUCGCCCGCUUCGCGGUCAACGGCACCUCCGAGAAGGACUGGCACCUGGUGAAGCGGAUGGCCGAGGAUCACCCCGCCGUCGUCCCCUGCUUCGGCCUGCACCCAUGGUGGGUCCCCGAGAGGUCGCCGGAUUGGAUGGAUUCGCUCCGGCGGUUCUUCGCUGAAACCCCGGAGGCGGCUGUUGGGGAGAUUGGUCUGGACAAAGGUUCACGUGGAAGAACCAUUGACUUCCGAGAACAGGUUGAAGUGUUCCGGCGACAACUUGAACUUGCUAAGGAAUUGGAGAGACCUGUUUCUGUUCAUUGUGUGCGGGCGUUUGGUGAUCUUCUGGAAAUCCUGAAGCAAACUGGACCUUUCCCAGCAGGUGUGUUGUUACAUUCAUAUCUGGGAUCUGCAGACAUGGUGUCUGGCCUUGCAAAUUUAGGCUGUUACUUUUCAUUGUCUGGCUUCUUGACAGGCAUGAAAUCCACUAAAGCAAAGCAAAUGCUGAAGUCAAUACCCUUGGAUAGAAUUCUUUUAGAGACGGAUGCACCUGAUGCAUUGCCGAAAUUGGACAAUGUUUCUGUAUCACCAGUCCCUGUGCACAGUUCUGAUGCAGAUACUGAAAAGCAUCACAAAGAUUCAGAGUCACAGGCUGCUACCGCAUCGAAUGAGUCCUUGAACCACCCAGAAAAUAUCCAUAUCGUUUUGAAGUAUGUGGCAUCACUGCUUGAAAUGCCUGAGACAGAACUGGCGGAGCUUAGUUACAAGAAUGCUAACAAGCUGUUUUCUUAUCCUGGCUCCAAUGUUCACCCUGAAGCAGGAGAUAUCUGAUGGGGUUCGCCGCUACCUUACUCAUUGGGCAGCAAAUCUGGACCCUGUUUUUUCUCCCCUCCUGAAUGCUUAUGCACCGGAUUGUAGGGACUCCCAGAAAAAAAUAUACAUGAAAUGGCUGUACAUUACUGUUAAUAUUAGUGUAAUAAAGUGGAUAUUGAGUCGAAGCAGUGCAACUGCUA